AUCCAUCAUAUGAUGGCCUUCAUUGAACAGGAGGCCAAUGAAAAAGCUGAAGAAAUUGAUGCUCGUGCUGAGGAAGAAUUCACCAUUGAAAAGGGCAGACUUGUUCAGCAGAACCGUUUGAAAAUCAUUGAAUUCUACGAACGUAAAGAGAAACAAGUUGAACUUCAGAAAAAGAUCGGUGCAAGCAACCUGUUGAACAAGUCGCGACUGGAGGUGUUGAAGGCCCAGGAGUCCCAUAUUAAUAAUGUCUUGCAUGAAGCACAGCAGAACUUAAACCAACUGACUCUGAACCAGGGAGCAUAUGCAAAGCUACUUGAGGACCUUAUCUGCCAGGGCCUUUGUCAGCUUUUGGAACCAAGUCUGAUCUUGAGAUGUCGUCGGGCUGACCAAAGCCUGGUGGAGCAUUCUAUGGCCAAGGCAUUAGCCACUUACAGGAGCCUAACUGGUAGAGACUGCAAGCUCCAGAUUGAUACUGCAAAUUGGCUCCCAGCAGAAAUCUGUGGAGGUGUGGAGCUCCUGACCAAGGGCAACCGCAUCAAGGUUUCAAACACACUUGAGGCCAGGCUAGAGAUGUUGGCUCAGCAGAUGCUGCUCGGCCCGAUCGAGUUAUGCUGUUUUGGGCCAAACCCGAACCGCAAGUUUGACAACUAACGCGGCUUCCAUGAAUGAGCAGCUCCUUGAACAGCUCUCUCUUUAUGUUCCAAACAGGUGCACAAAAUCUAAGGAAACCUUAUUGUGAACUUUAUUUGAAAUUUGAAAUGUAGAAUUUUAUGAUAUUUUAAUGUCAGGGUACCAUCCUUGAACAAAUAUUCAUUCAAUUUUUUUCUUUCUUUUCUUUUUUAAGUUUGAUGAAAAGA